GGACUAACGCCUCUGUUGAUAUCGAGAAACUCUUUUAAUGUAAUGUAUAAAAAAAUAAAAAAAAUAUGAAAAACGGUCAUUUAAAUUGAGAGUGUAAUCAAGGCAGAUUGGGCAGCAGCGUCGUGUCGCGUCACACCUAUUUUUUUUAGUCGGCGAGAGCAGCAGUGGCGUACCGCAUAGCAGUUGGAUUGAAAUUUGCAGUUGGAUUGUUGGAGCAGUGGCAGUGGCAGUGGCAGUUGCAGUUGCAGGAGCAGGAGCAGCUAGUAGCGGAAUCCGCAUCCAGAAUCCCAGAGAAUCCAGUAUCCCAGAGAAUCCAGUAGCCCAGAAUCCCGGAAUCCCUUCAAUCAGCGGGCGCUGCAAUAUAACGGGGCAGCAACAAUAACAAUCGCGAUUCAACUACGCACCGAUUAACGACCGACCGCCCCCCGUCCUUGCCACCCCCCAGGCCCCGCCCCCUGCCCCCUGCCCGCCCUGAACACCCGCACUUUUGGCACAAACACAGAGGCACAGCACACACACACACACAGACGAACACUUACACUCGGUCAAACACACACACUUAUCAUCCGAGCGACAAAAAACCGACCGCAUUUAUCAUCCGUACAUCGCAAAUCGCACAUCGCACAUCGCAUUGUUUGCUAUUGUUGUCUGCUCCGUUUUUGCACGCGAAGGAGCAGACAAAGAGGACGCGCCGAGGAGGAGUAGGAGGCGCCGCCGAACGAAGCGGAUGAGGAGCUAGAGGCCGCGUGGUAGGAGGAGGACAAAGGAUCCGAUCGAGCAUCAUCACCAUCACCAUCAUCAUCAUCAUCUAUGGGUCAAAAGGCGAGCACUCCGGCGACAAGUGGCCAACAGAGCCCACGCUCCAGGACAUUCUCGAGCAGCUCGACCGGGGCCGCCGACCAGCAGCCCUCGUCUAAUCCCGGCCAGAAUCGCGGCGGCGGCAAUGAUACCGCCGGCCAGGGAUUCAAUCUGCUGCGCACGCUGCCCGGCCUGCAGGUGUACCACAACCAGAACUCCACGUCCAUCGAUCGCCAGCGAGCGCGGAGUCUGAGCUCUGUGCCGGAUAUCCAGCAGCAGCAGUCGCAGCAGCAGCAGCAGCAACAGGGCUCGAUCACCUCAUCUGGGAGCAGUCCGCACUCGCAUCCGCAUGCCGCGCACGGACAUCCCGCCGUCGGGGUCUCCGUUUCCGUCUCCGGGAACGCCAAUGCGAACAGCAACAGCAACAGCGGCUUCCCGGCAGCCGGGAACAAUAAUGGUUCCGCCACGCAAUCCUACAUCCAACAGAGGCGCACCCUAGGCGAUUCCAUAAGGGACAUGUCAAUGACCGGUGGCAAUAUCGCCGAGAGCAUCGCCCUGGCCGCUUCCGCCACAUCCGCCAAUGGGAUAGGCCGUGUCUACACGGCCACCUCGCUUCCAUCGCACAUUUGGUCCUUCAAUGGUAUCAAGUGCCCCGUGUGCAAUAAGUUUGUGUUGCCGGACGACAUUGAAUGCCAUUUAGUUAUGUGCCUAACGAAACCACGACUCUCAUAUAACGAGGACGUUUUGUCGGACGCCAAGGGCGAGUGCGUCAUCUGCCUUGAAGACCUGAGUCCGGGAGAUACCAUCGCUCGGCUGCCAUGUCUCUGCAUAUAUCACAAAGGAUGCAUCGACCGUUGGUUUGAGGUUAAUCGCUCCUGUCCCGAGCAUCCUGGAGAUUAGUAAUCCUCACCAGAGCUCGCCGAGUUGUUUGUGUGGUGCGUUAUGCAAGCGAGGAGGGGUAAUGGAGCAGGAAUGGAACUGGAACUGGCCAGCUGGACGCGGUGCGAAAGAGGGUAUAAUUUCUGGGUUGGGAUGGAGGUCCCAGGCCCAGUGACCAAAAACUGAGCACGUAAGUUGCAUGUCAGCAAGUCAGCGAGUCAAAUGCAAAAGUGACAUAGCACCAAGCUGUUCACCAUCGCGAUGAGCUGGAGCUUUGAACUAAAAAAGCGUAGAGCGUAGAGCGUAUAGGAUUGAGAUAGAGGAUGGGAGAGGCUAUGCCACAAAAUGCUGAUCUAUGAAGUGGGAUCGAGCCAUCGAUCAUUUGACCUACCGACCGACCGACCGAUCGACUGCUGAUGGAACCCAAACACACACAAAUCAAUUGAAACAAAUUAAUUUACAAUGCUAAACUGGCAACAUGAUAAUAUUGAUAACAAUAAUAAUAAUAAUAAUAAUAAUAAAAGAAUGAUCUAAGUAACGAAAUCAACCAACCCACAAAAACUACAACAAGAAGCAACAACCAGAAGAUUUUGAUGACGGGAGGAGUGUAAAGCGAAGCAACCAACCAACCAACAAAAGAAUGUCAACCAAUGUGAUGUUAAAUUUUAUAUUUUGUACUAUGGAUAAUGAUGUAAUUGUAAUUGUAAUGUA